AGUUAAUCUUAUUAAGAUUUGCAUUUGAGCGAAUAUGAAGCUGAUCUUUUUGUUAGAAUUUCCAUGAAAUGGGAUUGAAGUACAGAUAGUCUUAUUCUUGCUUUCCUCAAAGAAUGAAUACCAGUCGUAUGGCCAAAAUGACUGCCAAGUUCACCAAGUUCACACUUCAGUUCGACCCCAACAUUUUGUCACGGGUAACAAACGGAAGUGAUGCCGUACUCCCAAAAUGUGCAACUCUGUCCUUCUACCCAGUUAAGUAUGAGAGAAGCAUUGCUGAAAUCGAAAGCCCAGCCUAUGAAGAAGUAAAGGCAUCCUUGGAUAAGUGGCUCACCUUGAUGUUCUCCAAAAUCAUACCAACUUCCAAAUUGAAACACCAAGUGGUCGAAAGUCUCGAGUUCACUGCCUGGUUUUACCCAUUGGAUGCCCUCUCUGGCCCCAAAUUUUGGUGGAUCCUCCGCUACGUGACCGUCGCCUUGAUGACUGACGACUACUUUGAUGAUUCGGACGAUGACAAAAAGUCCACCCGGCCUUCGCUCGACCUUUUGUUACUGACCGUGAAGGGAAAAGAAGACACUGGAGAUUUCAGCAUAUCAACCUUGCUUUCCAAUCCACGCUUUUUGCCAUCCUGCGAGCCAUGAUGACACUUAAAAAAGAAGCUCUGGCGUCCUUUAGCUCAUCCGAGGAAGCAUUCACUUACGCGGUCGACAUGCAUUCGACCUAUUUUUGCGCCGAGAAGGUGCCAAAGGCUGCCCUUAAUAUGGUAUCUCUCGACGCCCUGCGACACUGGCGAACCGAAUGCGUCACAAUGGACGCCGUAUUUUCUGCCAUAUUGCUCAUUGAGGGUGUCACCCUGCCAACAGAGCUGAUCAGACAUCCACUCUAUGUACGAUACCAUUACUUGCUGAAACGACUAGCGGCCAUUACCAACGACCUUUUCGGAUCGGAAAAGGAGAUUUGCAGAGGGGAGAUAUCGGGCGUCGUGUUGCUCAGGCUGGAACAGGGGGCGUCACUCGUGGAUGUCAUCGCUGAAGAGGAAAAACUUUUUGAGGAGACGAGGAAUGAAUUUUCCCUUCUGAGAGAGUUGCUCAUUAAAGAAUUUUCUGAGGAGGAUGAAUCCGACGUUGUGAUUAAAUUGUUGGAUAUUGUUGAUUCAAUUAUCUAUGGACAAAUGAUAUUGUUUGCUCACUGUGAAAGGUAUGGAGGAGUAAAGGAGAGGUUCACUGUGGAGAAGGCUAUACAUUAACCAUUUGUGAAAUGUUGAUGACUUUUAUUGGCUUUAUUUUUAAAUGUUUUAUUUCUGAUUGUACAAUUACAAGCUUGAAUGAAAAUAAAUUUGCAUGCAGUUUUGUCACAAACUCA